UUGGAUAUAACAGUGGCUGAAAGAGAUCCGGUUGUGAAAGAUAUCGCAAAAAAAUGGUUCGGUGUUAAGGAAAACAACCGAUACAGAAUCUUUAUCAAGGACGGGGUGACCGUAUUGAAAGAACGAAUGCAACAGAAUCAAAACUUCGACGUGGUGAUCUUAGAUUCGUGCUAUUUCGGUUAUGAGGACGCAAUAUGCUGCCCAACAAAGCCGUACUUAGACGAAUCAAAUAUAAGACUUAUCAGAGAUACAUUAUCACCGAACGGCAUAAUGGCAGCAAAUAUGUAUGCAUUACGUGAUCAUGACGAGAGCUUUAAAACGGUGAUCAACGCAUACAAGAACGUCUUCGAAACAUGUCUUGUGCUUGACGUUAUGCUCGAAGCAAACAAGAUUCUCGUUUGUUACAAGCGUAAAAUCGAGCAUGAAGAUAAGGAGAAGGAGAAGAUUGAUAAGGCUAUUGAAAAUAUCAAAGUUCAGUUUUCACUCGACUUCUGGGACAAAUACUGA